ACCGGGCUAGGCGGGAGGGAGGGAAGGAGGAGGGCGGCCAAGAUGGCGGCCAAGAUGGCGGCGGCGGGGUGAGGCGGCGGCGGUGGCGGCGAUGUCCGGGGCGGACGAUCGUGAGGCCGGCGGGGGCCCGGCCGCCCCCUCCGCCCCCUCCGCCACCCUCCCCGGUCCCGCGGCUUCGUCCUCCUCCUCCUCCUCGUCGUCCCUCCCGGGCGAGGCGGGCGGCGCCGAGGAGGCGGGUUCGCUGCUCGGUGGGGCCCGGCCUCACGCUGAGGCGGGCGCCGACCCCGACGCGCCGCCCAAGAAACGUUUGAGGCCGACGGGGACGGGGACGGGUGGGCCUGAGGGGGCGGCGGGCAGCGUGAAGCUGGAGGAGCGGCUCUACUCCGUGCUGUGCUGCACCGUCUGCCUCGACCUGCCCAAGGCCUCGGUCUACCAGUGCACCAACGGCCACCUGAUGUGCGCCGGCUGCUUCAUCCACCUCCUGGCGGACGCCCGGCUGAAGGAGGAACAAGCCACUUGCCCGAAUUGCCGGUGCGAGAUCAGCAAGAGCUUGUGCUGCCGAAACCUGGCCGUGGAAAAAGCCGUCAGCGAGCUGCCCUCCGAGUGCGGCUUCUGCAUGCAGCAAUUCCCCCGCUCCCUCCUGGAGAGGCACCAGAAAGAGGAGUGCCAGGACAGGGUGACCCAGUGCAAAUACAAGCGGAUCGGGUGCCCCUGGCAGGGUCCCUACCACGAGCUGACGGUGCACGAAGCCGAGUGCACCCACCCCACCAAAACCGGCAACGAGCUGAUGGAGAUUUUAGACGAAAUGGACCAAACGAGGAAAAAAGAAAUGCAGCUUUACAACAGCAUCUUCAGCCUGCUCAGCUUCGAGAAGAUCGGCUACACAGAGGUUCAGUUCCGCCCGUACCGCACCGACGACUUCAUCACCCGCCUCUACUACGAGACGCCGCGCUUGACCGUCCUCAACCAGACGUGGGUGCUGAAGGCGCGGGUGAACGACUCCGAGCGCAACCCCAACCUCUCCUGCAAGCGCACCCUCUCCUUCCAGCUCAUCCUGAAGAGCAAAAUCAACUCCCCCAUGGAGUGCUCCUUCCUCCUCCUCGAGGGGCCCUACGACGACGUCAAGAUCCGCCCCGUCAUCUACCAUUUUGUCUUCAGCAACGAGAACAACGAGACGGAUUACAUGGCGCUGCCCAUCGUCGACUCGGUGGAGUGUAACAAACUGCUGGCGGCGAAAAACAUCAACCUGCGGCUUUUUAUAUUUCAAAUCCAAAAAUAAGACUCGGAUUUAAACAAACAACACCCCCCCCCACACCCCCCCCUCCUCUUCUUCCUCCUCCUCUUCCUCCUCUUCCGACCGUCGGACCCGCCGCGGCGCCGCCGGGAUUUCGCCCAAAGCAACGAAACGAGAUGGAAAACACACACGCAAAGAGAUAAACCCACCCCAAAACCUUCCCCCUCCCCCUCCCCCCCCCCACCCACCCACCCAACAACACCCUGAAUCUUGAGAUAAAUCCGCAUGCGGGCGCGGCGGGGCGGGGCAGGGCGGGGCAGGGCGGGGCGCGGGAGCGUUCUGUGCAGCGGGUCCUCCGGCGGUUUUACUAUUAGAAUAAACGAAAUGGGGAAUUUUCCAA